AUGUUGUCCGGACCCUCAGCCAUGGACCUCUCCUUCCGCGGCUUAUUUGAUCCCAGUUUGGAUGCCAGCGCUACCCCGAUUAUUCACACGUCGCCACCGGAGCAGUCUCUGAUUUUGUGCAGGCCUCCCAAAAUUCUGGAGGAAGGCGAAAUGACAGAAGAUAAUCCUGAAGUUUAUUUGGAAUCCAACGACCUUUGGACACAGUUCCACAAAUACGGCACUGAAAUGGUCAUUACAAAAUCUGGGAGGCGCUUGUUUCCGCCGCUCAAGGCAAGAUGCACCGGGAUGGACAGAAACGCCAAAUAUAUUUUUCUGAUGGACAUCGUGACGGCUGAUGACUGCAGAUAUAAGUUUCACAAAUCCCGCUGGAUGGUGGCGGGGAAAGCGGACCCGGAGAUGCCCAAACGCAUGUCCAUACACCCGGACAGUCCGGCAACGGGCGAGCAGUGGAUGUCCAAAGUGGUCAACUUCCACAAACUGAAACUGACCAACAACAUCUCCGAUAAGCAUGGAUUUACAAUUCUCAACUCGAUGCACAAAUACCAGCCACGAUUUCACAUAGUGAAGGCGCAUGACAUCCUGAAACUGCCUUUCAGCACUUUUAGGACAUAUGUCUUCUGUGAGACAGAGUUCAUUGCAGUGACAGCUUACCAAAACGAUAAGAUAACCCAGCUAAAAAUAGACAACAAUCCUUUCGCGAAGGGAUUCCGAGAGACGGGCAACAGAAGAAGAGAAAAGAGGCAUGUUUUUCAUUAAUUUCAUUACAAAAUAAGGCCUUAAUAUUGUUACUACAUUACGCAAAAGCCAUAUUUGGUUUAUAGUGUUUUUUCUUAAUUAUUGUCCAGCUUCAUGUGUUCUGUGCCACGGAUCUAAAUGCUGCAUAGUAAUCGUGGAUUAAGUAUUCAGAACCACAAUGUAAAAUACAUUGUUACAUUCUGCCCGUUAAAUUUGACACAAUUAUUAUCAUGUAAAAAAGUUAAAGUACACAUUAUGCAUAUUUUCUGUAUGUGUGUUAUUAUUAUUAAUUUAUUUUUCACUGAUGUAAGCAGGAUUUUAAUGUUGCAGCUGGUUCAGAGUGGAACUAUUCUAAUGCUGUUGGGUAGUUUAAUUUAAAGCACUGUACCGUUUCUUAUACAUACAUAAUCAUCCUAUGCUUGUAUGUAAAAUCUUUAUCUGCAAACUAACUGUCAGAAACAUUUAUCGGAGUAAAAAAGUACAACACUUCCCUUUGAAAUGGAGUAGAAAGUAGCAUAACAUUAAAAUACUUGAGUAAAGUACCUCACAAUUAUACAGUACUUAAGUAAAUGUACUUAGUUACUUUACAAAACUCCUGGAUGAACUGUAUUCUUUCUUUCUUUUCAUCUUGGAUUCUGUCCCAACACCAAAAUAAACGUGUCUGAAGUGUCUAAAUAAUUUAGAUUAGUCAUAUAUGUAUAUUUUUUUCACCUAAUGUUCACUCGUAUUUUAUUUAAAUCUUUUGGAAAAGAUAACCUUUGUUUUAUUUUUGA